CCCCCCAGCCAAAACUACAAACCCGGGCUGCGCGCUCACGUGAACUAAUUCAUUGUGAGAGCCUGGGAGGAAGCAGCGAGCGACUUGACUGGUCGGUGAAACCAGCUCUGCUCCGGGAAACGCUGAGAAAAUCCAACUGCGCGCCACAGAAACUACAGAAAUGGCAGCCAUUCGUAAGAAGUUGGUGAUCGUGGGGGAUGGAGCUUGUGGGAAGACCUGCCUUUUGAUUGUCUUCAGCAAGGACCAGUUCCCUGAAGUCUAUGUCCCCACUGUGUUCGAGAACUACGUUGCUGACAUCGAGGUGGACGGCAAACAGGUGGAGUUGGCUCUCUGGGAUACGGCGGGUCAGGAGGACUAUGACAGGCUGAGACCUCUUUCCUACCCAGACACUGAUGUCAUUCUCAUGUGCUUCUCCAUAGACAGCCCUGACAGCUUGGAAAACAUUCCAGAGAAGUGGACCCCUGAAGUCAAACACUUCUGCCCCAAUGUUCCCAUCAUCCUGGUAGGAAACAAGAAAGACCUGCGUAAUGAUGAACACACGCGUCGAGAGCUGGCCAAGAUGAAGCAGGAGCCAGUGAAAUCAGAGGAGGGCCGAGACAUGGCUGGACGAAUCGCAGCAUUCGGUUACAUGGAAUGCUCGGCCAAGACCAAGGACGGCGUACGGGAGGUGUUCGAGAUGGCCACCAGGGCGGCACUGCAGGCCCGCCGCGGAAAGCAGAGGAAUAAAUGUGUACUGCUGUAAAAUGGCUUACACAUAUGGACUGUUUUCACCCUGGGCUACUGUAAAUGGGACUAGGGCAUCGGGAGGGAUUGCGGGAAGGCUAGAUUGGGGGAGGGGGGAGGGGAGGAAAAGCAGUAAACUACUACCGCUGUAAAAUGGCUGUUUGUUGGACUGAAUUGACCCUGGGACUUUGGUUUGGGAAGCUUUGAUUGACCGGGACGGGUGGGUGGAAGGAAGAGGAACGAGGGAGCGCAGGAAAUGAAUACCGCUGUAAACAUUGGGCUCUUCACCUGUAGGGUUACCAUCAAGGUGGGACAUUUCCACCAGCCUUGUCAUGUGUCUCAAGCCACUUACACUGAUAAAGAACCUUCAGAGAUCCUGGUCCUUUCCACGCUCAGUGGGACAUUUAUCCCAGUGUGUUAAUAUCUGGACUUAGACAGAUGGGAAGAAUGAAUCUCAGUAUUUUGGGGUGACCCUGAUGAGACUAAACCAGUGCAGACUUGUUUUCAAAGUUUUUAUUAUGCGCUGUAGUGAUCUGGAAAAGUUGUUUUAACAGCUCCAACAGUGAAAAACUCACCAAUAAACAGUGCAUUAAACAGGAUUGAGGUUAAAUGGCUUGCAGUUUAAUUCAAGAAUAAAAAAGCCAUUUGCUUAAAAUUGGGCAUUUAGAGAAUUUUUCCUUGAUUGGAUUGUAUGCUCUAUAUGAAACCAGUGGUCAUGUGUUGUCAGGUGCUCAGGUCUUGUGUGUUGUAUUAUCAGAGAGGCGUGGAGCCACAUGCUCACAUGUCCAGCUCAGUUCCAUUUAGUCCCUGACAGGGGCUAAUCCUAUAUGUACAGACUCACAGUGACAAACACAUUGAGCCCUGCUCUCACUCAGAUUAUUUGUUAUAAUGACCUGAUAGUAAAUACUGUUAUUUGCAGAUGAACUGUAGUUGGUGUACAGUUUGAGUUCAAAUUAAAUUGCCCUUAGCCCUGGGCUUUAAACUAAAGCUACGUGCUGAUCUGUAAUCCAGUGGCUCUAUUCACCACCUGUAUCCAGAGGAGCACCAGAGGGACUCCCUCAGUGUCAUAAACAGACACUGAACUGUCCACAUGCUGCUGAAUCUUUAUGGUGUUUGAUCCGUCUACAUUUGGAGAUGAUCAGCUCUCACGUGAAGGGGAUUUAACAUUUGAUCAAUUCUCUCGACUGAAUCAGUGGCAGUUGAAUUGUUUGUCCCACUGGAUGAAAAGGGCAUCUUCCUGUCCUGCGUAGUACAACCUGAGCAAACUCUGCUCCACUCGCAUCCCUUCCUGUUCCACACAGCUGACUGCUGGUGCUCCCCUUCCCCUGGUUUCAGACCAGGACAAAUAACAAGGAGAGGAGAGUUUUGUGUUUACAUGCACACCACUGAUCUCCUUAUUUGGGACAAAUGAUUACUUUUUGUAUGUCUGUAGGCAUGUAUAAAAAGGUCAAAUGUACAGGCUCUGAUAAUCUCAUGUUAUCCAUCGUUUAUGUUUGUCUUUGGUUGGUUAAAUGUUGCCAUGUACCAUCUGCAUCAACAGUUUAACCUAAAAAAAAGACAAGACCUUUUACUUUGCAUGGAAACCCCAGAAUGGUCAGAUUUGGAGAUAAACAUUCAGGUAAUCUUCAUCCCUAACAUGCUGAGUGAGAAUUAACCACCGGCUGUGUGUUGGAAAAACACUUGGUUUUAAUUUCUUUAAAUGUUUUAAUUUUAAUUUUUAAGUCUUUUGUUUUAGAAAUGAAAGUGUGGCCAGUUAUAUUUGGGAUUUAUGAGUCACCAGCCUUCCCUGACUUUUCUGUGUGUUUUCCUGCAAGACUGAGGCUCUCCUCUGAGUGUUGCACCCUCCGGUUCUUCUUCCUGGUCCACAGGGAGGAGCCUGUUCCAGAUACCCAGUUGUGUGUCGUUGUUUUCAUACUUUUGUUUUCUGCUUUAAAAAAAAGUCAUAAAUAUGUCGUCUAUCAGUAUUUAAAAAUAGGAGGUGGAAGACUAGGGGACUGCUCAUGUGUUGUCGCUUUAGUUUAAUCUUCUUCUUUUGUGCUUUACCUGAAUUUUUUUAUUUUUAUGAUGAUUUUCAAAUGGGUGUAACGACUCGUCAAUCAUCCCUGCCAAAUGCUGUUUUUAGGCAGUCAGGAGAAAGGCUGGCCCCUCGGCUGCCUGUCUAGAGCAUCACUAUGACCACGUGUGCUGGCUUUUUUUUGUUAAUUUGUUUUCAAUACGAACUUGGCUGAUAAGACAAAAGGAAAAUAAACAACUCUAGUCUCCUUUUUAUGUACAAAUCAUUUUUAUUUCUAGUUUUUAUUGUAUUUUUAAGUCCUGAUUUCGGAUGCUGAAGCAGUGAUGUACACAAAAGGAACAGGAAAACCAAGCUGUAUGCAAAAGUCUGUAAAUAUGAAAUGUGGGUUUGUUCAUACUAGACUAUACACAUGCACAGGACUGGAAACUGUAUUUGUAAACUAGCUUUGGUUUGUGUAAUAAAUUACUUUCUAUAA